CUAUGCCAAGCAACGUUCAGUCAAUCAAACGGUGACUACCAAAGCAGCUCCACACUUUCCGGGAGAAGUAUUUGGCGGCAAAACCCUCCUCUGGUAAAACGUCUACCUUCCCCUCCCCCCACCACAACACACAAACCAAAAAAAAGAAAAAAAAAAGGGAACAAAAACCUCCCGGCUCCGAAAGACUUAAAAGCAGACAGAGCUUAUGGCCUGGUAUCAGACAAUUCCAGAUUCUGAUCAGAGCAUUUCUGAUGAGGAAGAACCGGACCAAAAUUGGGCGAACAAAUGCGCUACGCUCGGCGGAACCACAGAGAAAAAGGAAUUGUUACAAAUUUCAUCUCGGCUAGAAAUGCUCAAAGGUGCGAAUGCGAAGGCUUGCAAUUUGGAAGAUGAAGUUAGCUCUGACUAUGAGGUGAACAAUGUGGUGUCAAAAGUUUCUGUUAAUGGCAGUGCUAAAGAGUUGCGAAAAAAAGAGGAUGUUCAUAGCUUUUGGAGCGAUAAACAAGACGAAUUACACUCGUGGUCUGCUGUGAGUAAAGAAGCUGAGGCACUCAUGCGUUUGAAUGAAAAAACUUCUUGCUCAUUGUCACUGUCUGCUUACUCGAAUUUAAAGAAAUCGUCUAAAGGAGCCAAAGGCAAAGGCAAACCAAAAUUUUUGUUCCGUUUUCCGACACACAAGGAAGGAACCUCGUCCCAUUCUAUAUCUAAGAAUGAUAGUGAUGUGUCAUUCAGGGUUCAAGAACUGCCUGAAAGGUUGGAUGCAAUUGAGCCUAGAAAUGUAGAUCAUUCAGAUGUUGAACUUAUUGAGGAUAUUCAGGGGGAAGAGGAAUCAGAGAUUGUGCUUAGAAAUGAAGAACAUUCAGAUGUUGAACUUCUUGAGGACAUUUCAGGGGAAGAGGAAAGUUUGUUAGAGGUUGUGCCUUUUGAAGCCAAGGCUAUUCGGCAUGGAUGUAUGGGGCAGUCAAUGGCUGAGCUUCUAGAUGGCCUUCAAGAUAAGACGACUAUUUGGAGAAAAAGUUCUAGAAAGCAUAGUAGAAAACGACGUAAAAAGGAGCAGCCUGUUGUAAAGUGUGCAUCUCCUCUGGGAGAUGGAACUUUUGACAUUGAAAGCUCUCCUGAGCACUUGGGUCAUGGAUUGCCAAGUGAUAUCAAGAUUGAUGAUCAAAUUUUGAAGCUUGCUGAUCCAGAAAUGAAGAGGCAGACAUUGGUAGAUCGAUUUCAGGAAGCUAUGAGUGACAGAUUCCUUGUUGCAGUGCCCAAAACUUUAAAGAGUGGAUUAUUUGGGAAACUGCAGCAGGUGGUGCAGAGUGAGAAAGAAACUGAUAUAGAAUUCUUGAAGAAGAUCCAGGAGGGAGCUAGCGAAAGUAAUGACCCAAACUGCAUGGAUGUGAAGAUUCUUUCAAAAUACCUGGAUGCAAAGCUUACCGUGUGUCACUGCUCCUUCGGUAAUAACUCAAAGCGCCUCCCAUCGCCAGAGGUCUGCGAAGAAAUGGUUGACGAAGGACCGGAAAGGACUAUUAUUUUCAAUCCACGAGUUUGCAAUGAUAUUGACCUUGAUAUUGGGAAAUGGAUUCGUAUACACCCUCCAUGGAGGGACAUCCGUGUCGGCACUGCUCAAAACAUAAUCCUGUCGACAUAUUUCUCUGAAAUUUCAAUGUGAAGGUCAUGUUUCUCUAGGAUCUCAAUUGUCAAUUCUCACGAAGCAUUGCACAACUCCCGCCCAUCCGUGGACAUGUUGAUGAGCAGGCCUUACAAAGGCGGUUGAGUUUGAGUAUCAGUUUUCAAGGUUGUUCAUCCACAACCUCCACUUGCAUGUCCCGUUCCUGAUGGGACCUUAUCCUCUGCAUGAACAACGUCACGGCUAUCCAAAGUGAUGCAGCCAGAAGAAGAAUGAAUUUGGUUCUCACCUCCUGUGGCUAGCCAGGUUAAAUGUCUAAUGCAGUUGCUUCUGGUGCUUGCCAUGAAGCCAGGGUUUAAGGAAUCUCCUUUGGCAACACAUGAAUGAUUUGUUGUGUUACUCAGAAAAUUGUGUGGUUCUACAUAGAUGCUGGUGCGAAUGUGGUGCUGCAUCACUGUCAGUUACAUUGUGUACAUAUUAAUCUCUGAAUGAGGACGUUUGAAAAUAAUAAUUUUUGUUUUCUGUUAGAUUCCACUCUUCACAACAUUUGAAAUCCACUGUUACCAUCUUCUCUCUUUAUUCUUGA